GCCGCUUCUGAGGUGGAGGUCUCCUCGAGGCCCGUGCGUGCCACCAGUCGCGAUCUCCGUGCGGAACGUUACGUUAUGAGUGUCGAGGAGUCGUCGGGACCCGGCCGUGAGUGAAGCCGCGUUGUCCUUUUGGUGUCCGGUGUUUUAAUUGGUGUCCAGUUCCCCUCCAGCAUUCCAUCAUGGGAGCCGAGGAUGCCGCGUCCGCUGAGAGCUUUCUCAAGCCGUUCUUGGCUGCAUUGGCCAGUUUUAUGUGCCAAUUCCAACUUGGAGCUAUUUUAGGACAGUCUUCCACCAUGUUACCGCAACUUCAGGCCGAGGACAGCCCGAUAAGAAUCACCAAAGAGUACGCCUCAUGGAUAGCCAGCGCUGGAGUAAUCGGCACUCCAAUUGCCUCGGUUCUCGCUGGGCCGUUGACGGACAAAAUGGGGCGGAAAUCUGUAAUAAGAAUGCACUUCCUUCUCUCAGCAAUCGGACACACUAUCGUUGGAGUGUCCUCCGAUGGAACCGAGAUUCUGAUCGGACGGGUCAUCCUCAGUUGUGCAACGGGUUUCGGGGUGCCGUCGCUGGUCUACAUUCCGGAGAUCUGCAACCCGCGGCACCGGAGUCCGCUCUUGUUCACUGCGACGGUCUCCUCCUCGCUGGGCCUGGUCUACGUCUACACCUUGGGCGGGAUCCUCAGCUGGGACAUCACCUCCAUGCUCACCUCCAGCCUGGCCAUCAUCGGCCUCGUCUACACUUUCAUCGUCCCCGAGUCCCCCGCCUGGCUCUUCCGCUCCCAUCGGCUCAACGAGGCCAUCGACUCCAUCAAGUGGCUCAAGGGUCAGAACGUGAAUAUGGAGUUGGAGCUUCGGAGCCUGAAGGACGCUUGCCACGAGCAGCCGAAAGAGCGCGUCUCCCUGCUCAAGCAGUUCGCGUCUCCGACCGUCAUUAAACCCUUCUUAGUUCUCACGAUUAUUUCCUUCCUGCAGAACGCAUCCGGGUUCUACAUCCUCCUCUACUACUCCAUAGACUUCUUCCUCGAGUUCAAGAGCUCCUACGAUCCGCGCUUCGUGUCCGUAGGGCUCGCCGUCACGAGGCUAGUAUCCUGCACGGUGGCCUCGGUGAUAAUCAACCGGUUCUGUCGGAAGACGAUGGGGACGUUCUCGGGCCUGAGCAUGGGGGUGAUCCUCCUGGGGAUCCUCGGAUACCUGCACGAGUUCGGCGACGACGCGGAGGUGCUCAGCCGCUACUCCUGGGUCCCGGCCGCGGGGCUGACCCUCUACGUCUUCGCCUGCAGCCUGGGCGUCCACCCCCUGCCCUGGCUCAUGAUCUUCGAGCUCUACCCGCUCGAGGUCCGCGGCCGGAUGUGCGGCAUCAGCAACGGGAUGUGCUACGUCUUCACGUUCGUCUUCACCAAGCUCUACUACACCUUCAUCGCCAACUUCAAGAUCCAGGGCACGAUCCUCCUCUUCAUGGUCGCCUCCGUCCUCUUCGGCCUCUUCUCCGCCUUCGUCCUCCCCGAGACCCAGGGCAAGACCCUCGUCGAGAUCGAGGACCGCUUCCGCCCCAAGAAGAAGCCCGAUAAGGAGUCCACGCUUCCUUGAAGUCAUCUCCAAGUGCC